UGCCCAACUAGCUGCAGGUGCGGCGGAGAAAGGUGCUUGUGAGAGAGCUGAAAGGUCUGCGUAGAAUUUAUGAGCAAUGUCAGCCACCACCUGCUGUCAGGUGCCCUAUCCGGGUUCGCGUCCACAAUAAUACUCCAACCAUUCGACCUCCUCAAGACGCGCAUCCAGCAACCGGAUUAUCUCAAUAAGCACAGACACAAUUUGCUUUCACCGCAGUCAACGUUCAUAUUCCGCACCGCGCGUAGCAUCGUCGAAUCUGACGGAGUGCUUGGUUUGUGGCGCGGAACGACAGCAUCUCUACUACGGAAUGUUCCCGGGGUCGCGCUCUACUUCACGGGACUGAAUCAGUUCCGUGCGUUCCUCGCCACAUCCCAGUACUUCGCUCCCCUUCACGCACCAUCCUCGUCCUACUCAUCGUCUACCCUGCCAAAGUUGACUGCUCAGGGCAACUUGCUUGCGGGCGCCCUGACUCGAAUGUCCGUGGGUCUCGUUCUGAACCCGUUCUCGGUCAUCAAGGCCCGAUACGAGAGCUCAUACUACAGCUAUGGGUCAUUGUCUGAGGCGUUCCUUGGAUUGAUGCGCUCCGGACCAUCCGAGAUCUUCCGUGGAGCCAUUGCCUCUUCUCUCCGGGAUGCGCCAUACGCGGGCAUAUUCGUCGUCUUUUAUGAGCACAUCAAGGCCACUUUGUCGUCCGCUGCAUCUUCAACGUCGAAUUCGGCUGUUGUUGGGAUCCCUUUCUCCCUAUCUGCAGGCGUAAAUUCGCUUUCGGCUGCAUCAGCCGGCGCGUUUGCUACUCUUGCGACGCAGCCCUUCGACGUUCUGAAGACGAAGAUGCAGGUCCGUUCAGAGACAAAGUACCGCGGGGUCUGGAGUACCGUUCGCGCGAUCUGGCAGCAACGUGGUGUCGCCGGCUUCUUCGACGGCUCGACGCUCCGCAUGUCUCGCAAGAUAUUCAGCUCCGCCAUUGGUUGGGCUGUAUAUGAAGGCGUGCUGAUGACCAUGCGCUCGUCCAAGGACACCGACUAGUUGGUGUAUCUGGAGACUUGGGCGUGGACUUGUAUCAUGAACUAUCUCAAGCGCACGACCCCCUGAUGUUGCUGUAACCCCACUCAUCUCUGAUAAUAAUGGAUAGGUUGAGCAACGCCCAAUGGGCCUUGCUCCAAUUCUUGAUGUGAGCUCCAACGGGCCCGACAGGCGGCUAGAUCCUUAUUGUCGUCGCAGUGAGUGAAUCGACGGGGCUGGGAUCAAAUCCC